AUGUCCAUGUUUGACUCUGUUGACCAACUACAUCCUUAUUGGGACUCAGGAACUUGGCCUGACAUUCAGUAUAGUACUGUUGUUAUGUCUCGCCACCCUCAACCUCGGUCGGCUGCAGAGAAACAGCCUCUCGCGAGUAUCGUAGGCGCUCCCCAUUGUCACAUGAAGUUUGUCGUUUCGAACCAUUCGUUUAAUCAAAUUCUCCCCAUCAAUCAUAUCGGCGAAGUUUUUAUGGCGGACCUCAGGUCGGCAGAGGCUAGUCGCUUUGCAAUUCACCCCCAGUCCGGGGAACGGCUAUACCGGACAGGCGAUCUAAGCAAAAUGCUACCCGACGGCAGUGUGCUUCCAGUUGGGCAUAUUGAUAGGGAAGUGAAAGUCCGAGGGUACCAAAUUGAACUCGACGACGUUGAGCGCACCAUCUGUGAUCUCAUACCAGAAGUAAUGGCUGUUUCCGUCCAACCCGACGAAUCACCGCCGUCUCUGAGCAACAAUUUCUUUGAUAUCGGCAGUAACAGUCGUAGCAUGCUGGUUUCUGCCCUUGCCAGUCAACUCAAAACCGCUUUUCCUUCUGCGAAGCUUAGAAUCACCGACCUUUUCUUGCACGUCAUUAUCUUGGCUCAAGCUGAGCUUGUCUCCGACAAAAGGGGCUCUGUGUCGAACAGCCCUCAAAGCCAAAGUUUAAGUCCCGCCCUGCCGCUAGCACCUCAGCCUGGUACUAGUGACGAAGAUGUCCCAGGCGCGAUUUUGACUAUUUGGAAAGCUUUCCUUAGUGCUCAAGAUCUAAAUCCCUCAUCCAAUUUCUUCGACGCUGGUGGCCAUAGCCUCGCUGUUACACUACUCCUUGAAAGGAUCAGGGCUAAGUGGCCUUGGGCAGACAUUGAAAUCAUCGACUUAUUCCCGCAUGCCACGGUGAAAAGCCAGGCUGCGCUAGUCGCGAGGUAUUUACCCACUAAAAUCUAUCAUUCUCCAAAAAGCGCUUCGGAAAAGCCUCUGUCACUAGCUCAACAUUCACCCAUGACGCCGUCUUCUCGUAGCUCGGAAAUAGCAGUUGUUGGAAUGGCUGGGUGCUUCCCUGGCGCGUCAAAUCCGGACGAAUUGUUUCGCAUCUUCCUCGAGAAGAGGGAGGCAUUGACCACAUUCCCUGAGCGCGAUCCAGAGUCUUUACCUUUUAAAGAUGCGAUCUACAUUCCAAAAUGUGUCGUUAUACCGGCUGGAGACGAAGCGAGCUCACAACACGUGGGAGCUUGUCAAUCGUGGGCAGUAUAUCAGUCGCCUUUCCUCAGAGUUGCAAUUGGAUCGGAUGCAGCCACCAAAAAGGCUGGCUGUACAGUCCCAGGCCCUCGAGGGCAAGCGGAUGUUAUUAUGCGCGCUUGGAAGGAUUCUGGUAUCUCGCCCUCUAAGGUCGUGUACGCUGAAAUUGAACACCAUUCUGUUGGUGAGGGAACACGCGAGUACACAAGCAGCUACGUCUUAUGGGCGGGUGACGAUAAGGUGGCAUGGAAUCACGUAGGGGAGAUAGGGUUGUCCCCUGCUCCGUGGCCCGGGCAUGCUGACACUGCGUGGGCAGUCGUAUUGAUUCGGAGAGAAAUUCAUGUUCCCGGCUGUAUCUUUGAACUCGACGUUCCGAGAGGUGGUGGACAAGCCGUUUGCCCUGGUCAAUGA